AUGGAGCCCAUCGACGAAGCCGAGGCCAGCGUGUCUCCGUCGACGAGGCCGGCCUUUAAUCGAGUCCACUACAACCUCAGCCUCGACACAAACUCUUCGACUUCGCCUCCCCAGGCCGAUGUGCAGCGACUCUCGCGCUCCGACACGGCGGUUCACCGUGAACCGUUUUCACCCCUGCGCCGUCGAAAAAGCAGUCGUGUCAUGACCUUUAGAACGAUUGACGACACCGACGACUUCGAUUUCGAUGCUACCUACACAGAGCGUCCAGGCUGGCAGCCCGGCUCGGAACCUGGGUUCGAUCCGAAUUUGCCUGAUGGCGGACAUGCUUCGAUGCCGACGCUGAGCGCGCCGUGCGAGAUUACCGUUGUGGACUUUUCGAAGGACAGGAUGGCCAAGAAACACUUUGAUAAUGAUGGCUUUGUGUCGUUUCUGACGGAGCCAAAGGAGGAGUGGGCAAAGUGCCGUUGGAUCAAUAUCAAUGGGCUCUCUUGGGAUGUGAUUCAGGCGGUUGGCGCGCACAAGGGCCUGCAUAAGCUUGCGCUGGAGGAUAUCAUGAAUAUUAGGAACAGGACUAAGGCCGACUGGUACCCGAGCCACGCCUUUAUCGUCAUGACGCUGCAGAAGCUGGUCCAUCUCGUUGACGAGGACGAUGACUCUGACGUGAGCAGCCUCUUAUCGUCACGGUCUACGACGAAGCUCAAGAACCUGUUUCGUGGGUUUGGCCGCAGCAAGGAGAGCAAGGUUCCUGGGUCGGGCUCUUCGUCGGAUCCUGAGAAGCGGACUGUUACAAAGUGCAUGACGGAGCUGUCUGAGACGCCAGAGCUGCAUGAGACAUCCAUGAUUCGGUCGCUGCAGCGGUAUCAUGCUUCGGGGAAUGAGAUUCGAACGGAGUACAUGGAGGCGAAUUCGAUCCUUGCGCCGCUCAACCUGGCUGUUGCGGCUGAGCAAGUGUCCAUCUUCCUGACGGCGGACAACACUGUUAUUUCCUUCUUUGAGGUUUCUGCUGGAGAUGUGGAGAGACCAAUUGUUACCCGUCUUAGCAACCCGGGUACAGUCUUGCGUGAAUCCUGCGAUGCCUCGCUGCUUGUCCAGGCCAUUAUCGAUGCCAUUAUCGAUUUGGCCAUUCCCCUGACAGCCGUUUACAACGACGUGCUUGGCGAUCUGGAGCUGGACGUGCUCACCUCGCCUAGCAUCAAGCAGUGCAAAAACCUCUACAUCUGCAUCAGCGAAAUCAACAAGAUGCUGCGCUUCCUCAACCCCAUCGACAACCUCGUCAACGUCCUCCGCGACCACCGCACCUCCCUCACCCACGAGCAAGCCGUCCUCGAGCUAGAGAACCCGGCCAGCGGCGUCAUCGUCACGCCCAUGACGCACACGUAUCUGGGCGACGUCCUCGAUCAUUGUAUCAUUAUCACGGAGGCGCUGGAGCAGUGCAAGCAGAGCAGCGAGAAUUUGAUUAAUCUUAUUUUCAACACGAUUUCGGCGAACCAGAAUGAGAGCAUGAAGCAGCUGACGACGGUGACGAUUAUCUUUUUGCCGUUGACGUUUAUUACGGGGUUCUUUGGGCAGAACUUCCCGCCGGAUGGGUUUCCUGAGAUUAAUAAUGGGAUAUGGUACUUCUGGGCUUGUGCUGUUCCAACGGCGUUUGCGACGGUGCUUAUUCUCAUGCGCGAAAUGAUUUAUGCGUGGUUUGUGCGUGUGAUUCAGAGGAAGAGGGUGUUGAGUAACAGGAAGAGGAACAAGGCGAAGAGGAAGACGAGGUGA